AUGUCCACCUCCCUUGGCAGCGAGUUCAGUGACAUCGGAGACGAUGUCAUGCUCACUGCUGCCGACAGAGCCCCAUACGCUGAUCCAGCGCCCGCCAGCUCCGAUGGCCCUCGACCUCCCAAACGAAGACGCAUAAGUGAUGCCCAGUUGGGGCACAAACAGGACGUGCAUUCCUCAGAGGACGAGGAUAGCGCCCGUCAGUCAGAUUCUGACCUGCAAUCCUUGCCAUCGCGUCGCAGAGAACCGGUGGUCAGAUGCAAGGACAAAGCAAUUGCCAAAGCAGCUGCUCCAAAGUACAAAAUAUAUCAACCGAAACACCCACGGCCUCAGGAGGCCACAUUUGUAACUCAACUUACCCAGCCUCCCUCAAGCCCAUCGGCACUUCGUGGCCCUCGAUGGAAAAAGCCCGACCGGGAGGUGCUUGAUGCAAUGCCCGCCCCGCCACCUGUUGUCUAUGAAAAUCAGCCUAGUAUUGGGGAGAUGGAUGAUGAUAUAGAUGAUGAUCUGAAAGCAGCCAUUGCAGCAUCUCUGGAAGCAUCUAACGGCGAAGAUUCAGGAGUUGUGGAACCUCCGCUUAACCCCAAGGCUGGAAACCCCCCAACCACAGCUCAUUCUAAUUUUAGAGCUCAAGAUCUCCCUUUUGAUCUGGCAGAUGUCCCUGAUGACGCUUUUGACUCUUCUAUUGGUUCUUCACCUAACUCUCCAAAGGAGAGGCCUAUAGUGGGCUCAUCACAUCAACCCUUCUCCGCUGAAUCUUCAUUCCAGCAACAAGGGAGUUCUCAACAGAAGAAUUUGCGGCAGAUGACAUUGUUUGGUUCCCCAGCUCAGACCAACAGACCAUUGGAAUUAUCACACACUGGGUCCCGUAGCUUACCCCUGGCUAACCAUAACGAACUUCCAACACAUCACCAAUUAGAUUUGACUACCAUAAGGUCUUGGAUAUAUCCGUCAAACUUGGGCAAGAGAAGAGAAUACCAGUUUAACAUUACCCAACGAGCUCUGUUUCACAAUCUACUCGUGGCCCUCCCCACUGGGCUCGGGAAAACUUUCAUUGCUGCUACUGUUAUGCUGAAUUGGUUUCGAUGGACCAAAAAUGCCCAGAUUGUUUUUGUCGCUCCAACAAAACCAUUGGUAUCUCAGCAGGUUGCUGCAUGUUUCGGUAUUGCGGGGAUACCCCGGUCUCAAACUGUAAUGCUUACCGGUGGUACAGCACCAGCAAUCCGGGUUGAGGAAUGGCAGAGCAAAAGGGUUUUCUUUAUGACACCUCAGACCCUUAUCAAUGAUCUCAAAAGCGGACAUGCUGAUCCAAAACGGAUUGUUUUGCUGGUAGUUGACGAGGCUCAUCGUGCCACUGGAAGCUAUGCGUAUGUGGAAGUGGUGAAAUUUAUCCAACGGUUCAAUAACAGCUUCCGCGUACUUGCGCUAACAGCAACUCCUGGGUCAACGGUAGAAUCUGUACAAGAGGUCAUUGAUGGCCUUAACAUUGCUAAAGUUGAAAUACGGACAGAAGAGUCACUUGACAUUCGCGAGUAUGUUCAUGCACGAUGUGUGGAAAUAGAGACUUUUCAGAAUUCUGAUGAGAUGGCUAUGUGUAUGGACCUUUUUUCCAAGGCCUUGCAGCCCGUCUUGGAUAAACUGCGAACUCAGCAAGCUUACUGGGGUAGGGACCCCAUGGCUCUUACGCCGUACGGGCUUACGGUUGCAAGACAAGAGUGGAUGAGAUCCCCAGCAGGUAGAAGUGCCAACACUGGAGUCAAGUUCAUGAUAAAUGCUAUAUUCACGGUGCUUGCCAGUCUAGCUCAUGCAAUAGAUCUUCUGAAAUAUCAUGGUAUAGGGCCGUUCUAUCGCAACCUCAUUUCAUUCCAGAGCUCCUCGAGUGAAGCUGGUGGUGCUAAAUACCGCCGCCAAGUCGCAGACUGUGAUAAUUUCAAGAUUCUGAUGGCCAGAAUGCGAGCGUGGACAAACAACGCAGACUUCAUUGGACAUCCAAAGUUGGAGUACCUAAAGCAGGUAGUGUUAAACCACUUUAUGGAUGCAGGAGAUGGAGCUGGUGCUGCAGGUGGAAAUCCUUCAGACACCAGAAUAAUGGUGUUUGCACAUUUUCGCGACAGUGCAGAGGAGAUCGUUAGAGUGCUGAAAAGGCACGAGCCAAUGAUACGUCCGCAUGUUUUUGUUGGGCAAGCUGCUGCUAAGGGAUCGGAGGGAAUGGACCAGAAGACUCAGCUCGAUAUCAUCGAGAAGUUUAAAAAAGGAAUAUAUAACACCAUUGUUGCUACUUCAAUUGGCGAAGAAGGUCUUGAUAUCGGUGAAAUUGAUUUGAUAGUGUGCUACGAUUCGUCUGCCUCGCCUAUUAGGAUGUUACAAAGGAUGGGCCGAACUGGGAGAAAAAGAAGAGGAAAUAUUGUCCUUCUUCUUAUGAAAGGCAAAGAAGAAGAUUCUUACAUGAAAGCGAAGGAUAAUUACCAAAAGAUGCAGCAGAUGAUUGCUAGCGGAACUCGUUUUACGUUCCACUACGAUAAGUCGCCACGAAUACUUCCCCGCGAUAUACAACCUUCAGUGGUGGAAAUACGAAUAGAUAUCCCAGCAGAAAAUUCCACGGCUGAUUUACCCGAACCAUCAAAGCGUUCACGCGUUCCGAAAAGACCACCCAAAAAAUUCCACAUGCCUGAUGGUGUUUUGACUGGGUUCACCAGGGCGUCUCGUCUUAACGGUAAAAUUGGGGGAAAUGACCAAACCUCCCGUACCCUUCCACCCAAAGUCGUUGAAACGAUUGAUGUACCCUCCUUGAAUGAGGUUCUUCUCUCCUCCGAAGAACAGAGGGAACUUGAACAUAGAUAUCGUAACAUUGGAGGCACGACUCCCCAGUUCAUCCGUCGACCGCGUGUCGAUGCAUUCCCAGACUUGCAAAGGUCAUACCGCCCCACGAAGUUCGUGAAGCACGGGAACGUCACACGUCGACUUGUUAAAGCGUUUCGAAAUAUGAAUUCUUUAACAGUAGACUGCGAAAACCGCUUUCGAGAUCAUCUACACCCCGACGACUUAUUGCCUGUGCGGCAUCAAACAACACCCUCCUCCACUCCCUCUGAAAGAAAAGGACAAGGCGCUAACUCAAGUGCUGGUGGAACACAUACCGAUCCACCCGACUUGGAACAACAGCAGGAAGAGGAUGUCGAUCAAUCCCAGCCCUUUUCUCAGCUCUUUAGCUCUCCAUAUUCCCAGCAGCGUCCACCGCAUAACACGUUUUUCAACUCUCAAGGUAGCGCACGGGAUGAUCCCGAGAUCCCUGAUGUGGAUACCCUCUUUAAGCAGUUUGUUGGAAAGCGAAAGUCGGACCAGCUAAGUCCAGCACGGGAAAUAAGAAAGAAAAAAUAUAUACUUAGUGACGAUAGUGACGAUUUUGACAUUUAG